AUGGGCCUCUUCCUUCUUAACACCGUCCUGUGCUUCAUCAAUAUAGCAGCAGCCAGUAUCUUUGAAUACCAGGCAGAAAGUCAGCCUCUUCGUCCCUGUGAACUUCGGCGGGAAAAAGCCUUUCGACGUGGUGAAGAUUACGUCCCUCAGUGCUUGGAAGAUGGACAGUUCAGGAACGUCCAGUGUGACAACCUUCAGCUUUCAUGCUGGUGUGUAGAUGAAAAUGGCGCGGAGGUACCAGGCAGCAAACAGAAUGGCUCCUCCAUUGCUUGUUUAUCCUUCUGUCAACUGCAAAAGCAGCGCAUCCUGGUCAGUCGCUACAUCAACAGUAGUGCAACGUCCUACAUCCCACAAUGUCUGGAUUCUGGCGAUUUUGACCCAAUACAGUGUGAUGUGAAUCUGCAGCAGUGCUGGUGCGUGGACGCUGAAGGGAUGGAGAUUUACGGCACAAGGCAGAGAGGGAAGCCAAUACAAUGCCCCGGGAGAUGCGAGAUCCGAGACCGUCGUGUGCUCCAUGGCGUCGGGGAAAAGAGUCCGCCGCAGUGCUCAGCAGAUGGGGAGUUUCUACCCGUCCAGUGCAAAUUUGUCAACAGGACAGACAUGAUGGUGUUUGAUCUCCUUCAUCAUUUUAACAGAUUCCCUGAAGCGUUCCUGACGUUCAGUUCCUUUAGAAGGCGAUUCCCAGAGCUACCUGGAAGUGACAAGAGUAGCUCUAGCAAUCCCCAGAAACUCUAUGACCCCAGUUUCGGCCUGACGAUCAGCCGAGCAUUGGCAGGCCUGGAGAUGUUACUCGACAAUAUUUAUGACGCCAUUUUUGCAUCCACGGAGCCUGCCCAAACCUUCAGUGAAACCAGCAUGUUCAGGAUCCUGCAGAGGCGUUUCUUGGGAGUGCGGCUGAUGACCUCAGGCAGGUUCAGAUGCCCCUCCAAGUGUGAAACAGAGAGGUUCUCAGCGGUUCGUUUCCAACACAGGUAUAGGCCAUCGUGUGAGGAGAAUGGUGCCUAUGAACCAACGCAGUGCCAGACGGACGGCCAGUGCUGGUGCGUGGACUCCAGUGGGCAAGAGAUCUUGGGAACCAGGAGUCAAGGGCAGCGUCCGCCAUGUGGUGAGGAACAUGCCUGUCUCUCUGAGAGACAAAGAGCACUCUCUACCCUUUUCUAUGGACCCACUGGACACUUUGGCCAGCACAAUUUGUUCACUGCUGAUGAGGAGACCCAGAAGAUAGCCGGGUUCUCAAGAUCUUGUCCACCAUCACUGAAGGAACUGUUUGUGGAUUCUAGGUUGCUGUCAUCUGUCACAGACGUGUCAGAUGCUUCUCAGCUGCUCGCACUCGGAUCUGUCCUUAGCGAGGCUAUCAGGGGGAUGUUUCCUUCGAGAGAACUUGCUCGAGUGGCCCUCCGGUUCACCGGCAACCCCAAGCGGUUCCAAGAAAACCUUUUCGGAGGGGAGUUCUUAAAGAAUUUGGUCCAGUUUAACUUCACCGGAGCCAUUGGCACAAACAGCAAAUUUAAUUUGGAACGGUUUUUCCAGCAGAGCGGGACAAGUGGUGGAUUUGCCGAAACGAUGCAACAGAUUUUGUUGGAAGCUCCUAAGGUCAACUUGAGCCGGCCUCUUCUGGACAGUUUGGGCCAGACUGUUAAUCUGCAAGACGGUCAGAAGUUGGUCAAAUUUCUCGCUUCCCUCCUCGAAACGCCGGAGUUUUUAUCGUUUUUGCAGCAGGUGAUCUCCAUCCCCGAAAGCAUUGCUGAGGACUUAGGGGACAUUGCAAAAAUAGUGUUGAGCUCCCAAGACUGCCAGGGGCGGGCCAGGAGUUUGUUUGUCCCGGAGUGCACCGAAGCCGGGAGGUACAAGGAAAUCCAGUGCUAUGCAGGGGACUGCUGGUGUGUGGAUUCCAACGGUAAGGAACUCUCCGGAUCCAGAGUUCACGGCACACGUCCAAAGUGUCCUACGCUGUGUGAAAAGCAAAGGGAAAGUCUGCAGAGCUUGAAAAGAAGUCAGCCUGCGGGAUCUGAGCUCUUUGUUCCUUCCUGUACCCUGGACGGGAAAUUCUUGACGGUUCAGUGCCAAGGAAGAAAUUGCUUCUGUGUCAAUUCGGAAGGCAAGACAAUGCCAGGAAUUGCCACCAAUCCAGGACAGCCCAUACAAUGCCCGAGUGACUGCCAGUUAGCAGGCGGCCAGGCUUUUCUAAGAACGGUGCAGGACCUACUGUUGGAUCCCACCAGUCUGCCUCAGCUCUCCAGUGUCUACAUCCCACAGUGCACCCAAGAUGGCCAAUGGAGACGGGUCCAAUGUGACGGGCCCCCGGAACAAGCGUUUGAAUGGUACCAGAUGUGGAUCACCCAGAAUAAUAAUGGCAGACCUCUCCCUUUGAGUGACUUGAUGGACAUCCUUCUUGACGACAAAGAAAGAUCCAAAUCGAGCUUUGAAGCCUUCAUCAAAGCCCUCUACGGCUCUGGCCACCAGAAUGUCUUCCCGGUGCUUUCCAGAUUCCCUUCCUUCGAGGAUGUUCCUCCAGCGGUCCGGGAAGGCAACGACACGGAGGCUUCCUCAGAGAACGUCCUGCUGACGCCAUUCACUUUCUGGCAGCUUCUUCAGGGACAGCUGAUCCAUUACCCAGGGCCUUACAGUGAUUUCAGCAACCCACUCGGGCAUUUCGACCUGCGCAGUUGUUGGUGUGUGGAUGCAAGGGGACAAAUGCAAGGAAGCAAAGCCGAAGUGAAUGAAUUUCCAGACUGUCCUGGAGCAUGUGAAGCCGCUCAGCAAGAAGCCAUGCGGUUUACCGACAAAGUGGAGCGGCUCGUCCGGGAGUCCAACAGCUCCCGUUUUCCUUUCGGGCAGAGCUUUUUAAUGGCUGAAGGGCUGACGCUGACAGAGGAUGAGCUACUGAAUUAUUCUCAGCCGGGGAUCGCGUUUUCAGAAGGGUUGUUGAUGGGAGGGGAUUACGCCAUCCGGCUGGCGGCACAGUCCACUUUGGAUUUCUACUGGCGCCACCUCUUUGCUUCACGCGGUUCCGCAGGGGAGGCCGUGCGUUUGGGAUUUCGGCCGUACGUCCCACAAUGUGACGGUCUGGGAAACUGGGAACCUGUUCAGUGCUAUGACAGCUCAGGUCACUGCUGGUGUGUGGAUGAGAGAGGGCGUUAUGUGUCCGGUUCUCUGGUGACGCGUUCAGCUCAGCUGCCUCAGUGCCAGACACCGUGUCAGCGUUCCCGAACAAACGCAUUGAUUUCCAGCUGGAGACAGAAGGGGUCGAAACGUGACGUGGCUUCAGCAGACCUGUUUACACCUUCCUGUCUAGAGCAAGCUGACUGGCAGCAGGAUGGCCCCAGUUACUGCAGCACGCUGAAGUCCAAAGCUCUCUUGCGGGAACUUGGAAGAGGAUCCCUCCCCCAAUGCGAGAGCAGCGGUGGGAUUUUCUCCCCGACGCAAUGCGAUGACAACCAGGAAAGCUGUUGGUGUGUCUUUGAGAAUGGCGGGGAGGCUCCCGGGACACAAGACACCAGCAGGAUGCCUGCCUGUGAAC